AUGCCGACCAAAGAGUGCAGUCAUCUGACGAAGCACCGGCGGACGCACACUGGUGAAAAACCGUACCCGUGUGAGGUGUGUGACAAAUCGUUCGCUGAUAGUGGUAGUCUGACAAAGCAUCGGAGGACGCACACGGGUGAAAAACCUUAUUUAUGCGACGUAUGCAAUAAGUCGUUCGCUAUUAACGGUAAUCUGACGAAGCACCGCCGGAUACACACGGGCGAGAAACCUUACUUAUGCGAUGUAUGCGAAAAGUCGUUUGCCGAUAGCAGUGGUCUGACGAAGCACAAGCGGACGCACACGGGUGAGAAACCAUACUCGUGCGAGGUUUGCGAAAAGUCUUUCAGUGAUAGCGGUACCCUGAAAAAGCACCGACGAAUAAAGCACACACAACCGGAGCAGCCAAACAUUUCAAAAAAUGCCACGAUCCUGUCCGACGCAUGAUUGAGUCAACAAUUAUACUUUCGAUGUUAUAAUACUAAUAUACCAUAGUUAUAUUUAUUCGAUAGUAGCAUGACUGGUGGAUACAAGAGGGGAGGAUAGGGUGAUUCCAAGAAAUUAAUAGA